UGCAGAACUGUGUGUUUGAACCUCUUAUUUUGUAUUUUUUUAAAAUCAGUUGUUAAGUUAAAAGUAAUAAAAGGUUCUUUUAGAUCAUUUAAACAAUACAGAAUUAGCAGAGUCCAGAGCAGGCACCUCUUUGAUGAGUUACACUGUUCUCAUAGUACUCUGUUUUGUUCCUUCAAAUCAGCAGUUGUAAUUAUAUCUGUAUUAAUGAAUACUUAAUUUUUACCUUCACCAUUACACUGUAAAUUCCAUUACAUCGGGGUCUGUGUUUUAACUUGGAUUUUGACACAGUAAGAGGCAUGUGGUGAUUGUUCUUUAGGAAUAUUAGUUGAGUGAAUAAACGAAUUCAUGAAUUUUUCAAAAUACGUUGUUGCUAUUAGGGAAAAUUUCUUUUUAUACUAGAAUUUAAAAACAACUCAAAACUAUUUCUGUCAAUGUUUAUUUCUGGUACAUCUCUUUUGUCAUUUCUUUGUUUUUGGUCUUGUAGGCAACAAUAGACAAAGUCAAUGUAUGAAGCAAAUUACUCUGAAGUGUCCGAAUUUGUGUUCCUGGGACUUUCUACCUCUAGAUCAAUGCAACAUUUCCUCCUUGCCUUCUCCACAGUGUUUUAUGUAACAAUUGUUCUGGGCAACCUCCUGGUUGUGUUUACAGUGACUUUUGACUCUCAUUUGCAUUCUCCUAUGUACUUCCUGUUAGCCAAUCUGUCAUUUAUUGAUUGGUGUCUUUCUACCUUAACAGUUCCUAAAAUGAUCUCUGACCUGUACUCUGGGCAAAACACUAUAUCAUUACAGGGGUUUGUGAUCCAGAUUUUUGUACUUCAUGUCCUGGGUGGAUCUGAGAUGGUGCUGCUCAUAGCCAUGGCCUUGGAUCGAUAUGUGGCCAUAUGUAAGCCCCUCUACUACCUGACCAUCAUGAGUCCAUGGAUGUGCAUUUGGCUUCUGGUUAGUGCUUGGGUUAUUGGUCUCAUUCACUCAGUGGCCCAGCUAGCUUUUGUUGUCCAUUUGCACUUUUGUGGCCCUAAUUUGAUAGACAGCUUUUACUGUGAUCUACCUCGGUUUAUCAAACUUGCCUGCACAGACACCUACAGACUGGAGUUUGUGAUUACUGCCAACAGUGGGUUUAUUUCCAUGGGAACCGUGUUCUUACUGACUUCCUCCUACAUCUUCAUCCUGAUCACUGUAUGGAAACACUCUUCAGGUGGCUUGUCCAAGACUUUUUCUACUUUGUCAGCUCACAUCACUGUGGUGGUUUUGUUUUUUGGACCGUACAUCUUUGUCUAUGUGUGGCCGUUUCCCACAGUGCCAGUGGACAAGUUUCUUGCUAUUUUGGACUUCAUGAUUACACCCAUACUGAAUCCUGCCAUCUACACAUUGAGGAACAAGGACAUUAAGAUGGGAAUGAGGAGACUGAAUAGUCAACUCCUGAGUUUGAGGAAGAUCUCCUAAUUAAUUCAUUAGUGCACAAGUGGUAA